GUGCCCCCAGACUGGUCCCAGCCUUAUCGUACUACCUGCUGCUGCCUAUUGCUGCCCAACUGGUACCGCCAUCGAACUUCCAGUCUUACUGCUGCUACUCCAAUGCUAGUAACAAGGGCAGUUCAUAGCCCUCCUAGGCCCGCAGAGAAAGAUGGACUGGGGCAUGGUUGCGGCCGUCGUUGCCAUCGUGACCAUUCCGCUCUACGCGUCUCCGCUCCUGCUCGCACCCGCCUUUAAUCUAGUGCGCGAGUACGUGAUCCGAAUCCUCUACCGAAGGGCAGUAUGCGGGAGGAUCAGGUGGCAAGACCUCCCAAGCCAACAGCGCCUCACCGUUGCCACUUCACACCACGAAUGGUUCCGGCGAUCUGGGGUCGCCGGUACACCGGGAGUUCUGGGACCCGGCGGUUCGAGCAAUGCACAAAUUCUCAACUUUUUUCGGUAUGUGUGGCACACUGCACCCCGAGUAGAGGAACGACCUCGAUACCUAAAGCUCGAGGGACAGUACCUGGGUAUCGAUUCAAACGCCCUGAUAGUGGCCCUCAUGCUGGACGACAGGGCAGUUUCGUUCAUUUUCUCUGCGAGCGCACCUCAUCACGUCGGUAAAGGUAGCACUUCCAACAUUCGAUAUGCACGCGGAUCGCCGGAGGGCAUCUUUCGCUAUCACGAAACCGAUGGUGGCGAUGAUGCGUACAUCCUCGGCCGUCUUCACCGCUUUCCUCUCCCCCCCGCCGUCCAAAAUAGAUUCCACGGCCUGUCCAAGGACGACCUCCUCCAUAUCGCCCAGGGCUACCCGCCGUUCUAUCGCAGCACAUUCAAGGCCCGCUCCGGCGUUGACGUUGCCCACCCAGUCCGCGAAGAGCGGGACGCAACUCGCGCCGGUUGGGUCGUCGCCAUCGGCUUCGCUUCCGAUCCGCCGAUCCGCCUGUAUAACAACAGGUUCAUGCCUCGGUACGAAGAAGCAUGCCGCCGGGUUCUCCAUGUGCUCGAACACAUCCUCGUCCCGGCGUUUAAGGAUCAUCAAGGUGUAGGACAGACGUUACGAAGCGCCGUGAGAGGUGUCAAAAACAUGAACCGCGACAAGACAGGCAGCGUCCUGUCCCGGGACAUUGAUAUUGCCGUCUUUGGUGACGGUGAUGAUUCUGACAACAUCGGCGUUAAUCUAAGCGCUAGAGACAUACGUUUGGUUUUGGACCUGUUCAACUCUUACAGUCGGGGUGAACUAAGUGACACCGAGCGUUCUGAUAUCGAGACAAUCGUGCUCGAGGCGCUGAAGGCCGCCGUAAAGGGCGUCUACACGUGGUGGCAAUAUGUAAAUAACCAGGGUCAUGCCAUUCCCGAGUGGCUCCUCGACGAGAGGACACAGUUGUGCCCGAUAUGGCUCGAGGAUUAGGAGCCCAGCAAUGAAAAAUUGUACCGAGUGACUUGGGUUUGAAGGUAUCCCAUUCGAUGAGAGAUUCGUACAGGCUCUGAGCUGGUAUCGAAUAGCCUGGGGCUGCCCAUUCCGCUGUUGCGUCAUUGGCAAGUCCUAAAAGUGCGUAUAUUUUGUCUCUGCGGUCGGUGGAAGCUAGGUAAUGGUACCAGCUUGGUUACGAGUGUGCCGAUAGAAAGUCCAAAAGAGGCAGAUCUUUGAAAGACCUCUUGUUGUGUAAAACGUAGACGCCUACAUUUACGCUGUGGGGUAUGUAGGCAUAUAAGGGCUGGUUCAAUUGCUACGUGACACCUCUCUCAUGUCGAAGAC